GCUGGCUCCUCCUUCUCGUACCACAGUCCCGCGAGCCUAGCUGUGGCUGCCUCCCUCCUGCUUUUUGUUUCCAGCAAAGUACCCAAAGUAGCUGCUACCAAUGUGCACUCUAGUGGAGACGCAAUUACUGCUUCUGUUGCAGCUAUUAUUCCGCUGGACCACUCAGGCACUGGCUCAGGCUCCAACUCCCUUCACCUUACCCCUGAAAAUCUCCCCCAUCAAGCUAAAUGGGGCUUCUCCUCGCCCACCCCCAUUAACAGCAUCGCUAGCUGCACCACUUGGGAAUGAGUCCAGGGAACGCCUGCGGGAUGUGGCUGCAGAGGGGCUAGCUUUAGCGCUGGACCCAACGAGGGGAUUAGUUAACUUCUUGCCCAUGAUAGACAAUUUGCAAGGGGACUCUGGAAGGGGCUACUACCUGGAGAUGCUUAUUGGGACCCCGCCACAGAAGCUGCAGAUUCUUGUUGAUACUGGAAGCAGUAACUUUGCUGUGGCAGGUGUCCCUCAUUCACAUACGUCUUCAUACUUUGACACUGAGAAGUCCAGUACAUAUCGCUCCAAAAACUUGAAUGUCAAUGUUAAAUAUACUCAAGGGAGCUGGACAGGAUCAGUUGGUGAAGAUGUGGUUACUAUUCCAAAGGGAUUCAAUAGUACUUUUCUUGUCAACAUUGCUAUCAUUUUUGAAUCAGAAGAUUUUUUUUUACCAGAGACUAAAUGGAAUGGAAUACUUGGACUUGCCUAUGCCAUGCUAGCCAAGCCAUCGAGUUCAUUGGAGACAUUCUUUGAUUCCCUUGUGAAGCAAGCUAAGAUCUCCAAUAUUUUUUCCAUACAAAUGUGUGGUGCAGGAUUACCAACAGACAGAACUGGUACCAAUGGAGGUAGUCUUGUCAUGGGAGGAGUUGAACCAAGUUUAUAUGAAGGUGAAAUAUGGUAUACAACAAUUAAAAAGGAAUGGUAUUACCAGAUUGAAAUUCUGAAAUUGGAAAUUGGAGGACAGAACCUCAAUCUGGAUUGUAGUGAGUACAAUAUAGAUAAAGCCAUUGUGGAUAGUGGCACCACUCUGUUGCAUCUGCCUCCAAAAGUUUUUGAUGCCGUGAUUGAAGCAAUUUCCCACACAUCUUUGAUUUCAGAAUUUUCUGAAGGAUUUUGGACUGGUUCUCAGCUUGCAUGCUGGAACUACGAAACACCUUGGUCAUAUUUUCCCAAUAUUUCCAUAUACCUAAGAGAUGAGAACUCCAGUAAAUCAUUCUGUAUCACUAUCCUGCCUCAGCUUUAUAUUCUUCCUAUAUUGGGAAUUGACUCAAAUUAUGAAUGUUACCGAUUUGGUAUCUCAUCUUCUACUGAUGCUCUCGUAAUUGGUGCUACAGUCAUGGAAGGUUUCUAUGUUGUGUUUGACAGAGCUCAGAAGAGGAUAGGAUUUGCAUUGAGUUCCUGUGCAGAAGUUGAUGGCGUUCCAGUAUCUGCGAUUUCAGGACCUUUCUCAACAGAUGACAUAGCAAGCAGCUGUAUCCCUGGUUCACCUUCGAAAGAACCCAUUUUGUGGAUUGUCUCAUAUGCUCUUAUGAGUUUGUGUGGAAUUGUCUUCCUCAUAUUAAUCUCACUGAUGUUUCCAUUCUGUUGUGUGCAUUGCUCUCAUGAUCCUAAUUUAGUCAAUGAUGAAUCAUGUCUAGUACAGCAUCACUGGAAAUAACCUUCUUGAUCCAGACCCAAGGAAUUUAGGAGUCUACUAUUAACAGUUUAAGUUAAAAAUACAACAACAAGGACGACAAGCCAAGGAUUUCUCCUAUAUACAUUCUAGAGUCAAAUCAUUGUUUUUUUGUUGUAUGCCAUCCAGAUUCCUAUGUCUUGAGCCUUCAUUUUAAAGUUUCCAAUCCUCAAGGGGAGAAAAGUUAUCCUAAACCAAAAUAUUGUAAUUGUAAUUGUAUAUGACUGAUUAUGCAGUACAAUAUUGGAUGCCAGAACCUAAUGACAUGCUUGAAAAUGAAAAAUAAUAAGUUCUCUUA